UGCACUCAGUUUUCUUACUACUUUGGCUUUCUGAGAGGAAAAAACAAACAACCAAACAAGCAAAAACUCUGCUCCAUUUCUAAGUGGGGGGAGGGAAAGACCAACAGAAAACAAAGCCGGAAAAUUAAGCAUCAUGAGUCCAGAUACAGAUGUAAACAGAAGUGCCUUCCUAACUGCGGAGGAACAGCUGGACAAACCUGAUGGCCCCCUUCCUGGCUCACCCAGCGACCAAGAAAAGAAAGUAAGAUUAUCUCCAGCCAAAAUGUCUAACAAGAAUUCUUCAGAUCUAGUUGAAUAUGUUGACAAGAAUCAAUCUUUUCUUCCUGCUAUUCCAAAUACUCAGAGAAGUCAACUAGAAGACAGACUGAACACCCAGGAACGCACCAUAGCUUUCCUUCUCGAACAAGCCUUCCGCAUCAAGGAAGACAUCUCUGCGUGUCUUCAGGGAAGCCGAGGUUUUCGAAAAGAGGAGUCACUUGCCAGGAAGCUACUGGAAAACCAUAUCCAGACUAUCACCACCAUUGUCAAGAAACUUAGCCAAAAUAUUGAGAUUUUAGAAGACCAAAUAAGAGUUCGUGAUCAGGUGGCCACAGGAACUAAUCAUGCAGUGCAGGAGCUAAACAACAAACACUGUCAAGGAGUUGGAGAUCUUCGAGGACGAGUAGCCAGAUGUGACUCCAGCAUUAUGAAGCUUUCUGGAGACAUUCAUUUCAUCAGGCAUGAACAUCGACAAGUUGAAAAAAUGAUUCAGGACCUCUUAUCUUCUGUAGAAACUGUUUCUAAAAAUUUGGAUAUAAAGGUAAUGCAGCUCUUAGGAAAGAUAGAAGCUUCCAAUUCUGAGCAAGUCUCAAAUUUAAAGAUGGUCCAGGGGGAUUAUCACCAUGAAAUGAACCUUUUGGAAUUCAAAAGUGCAGCACGGUGUGGUUGCAAAGAGAUCACAUGGCCCCUAGAGUCUAAAUUUAAUUCACUUUCAAAUUCGACAUGUGAGCAAAUCGAGAGCCACCAAAAAUGGACAGAAAAUCGGUUAUUAAAAUAUGAAAAGGAUCACCAGGACCAUGUAUAUAAGAGUCUGAAGCUUCUACAGGAAAAGAUGGAAAAAACUGAAAGUAAAAUGGAGGAAAAGUUACUGCAUCUUUCUAACAAAUUAGAGGAUUUCAUUAAUAAACAGAAACAGGAAGCAGAAGUAAACAAAGCAAAAGAAACAGAAAAUAAACUUUCCAAAAAGAUGAACCAACUGGAAAAGCAUAUCUGGAACGAAUUAGAGAAAAUGCAGUAUGAAUAUCAAUCAGGAUUUAAAUCAAUUCACGACUCUCUUAGCUCCCUCCAACAAAUACAGAAAACAAAGAUGGAUUUAGAGAAAUGCAAAGUGAGAAAAGACUUAAAGAAACUACAGCGUAAAAUAGUGGAACUCCAGGAAGUAUAAAACUUUUCAGGCGUCUUUUUCACCAACCAAGGCAGUGAUUCUUGGGGGAAAUUGAGAAGGAGAAAAUGAAUAUCUGGCUGCUGUUUAUAAUACCUCUUUAUUUCUCACUACUUCUGAGGACAUGAGUAUACCAGAAAACUCAAUAAAGCAGAAAAAUCUUUA